AUGUUCGAACGGAAACUGCUCAAUCCUUCUUAUCAUAAAGGCCCUAACUGGAAGGCAUUAUGUAGCUAUCAAAAGUGGACCAAAUAUAUAUUAUGGUCUCUAAUUGCUUUUCUUGCUGGUCUCACUGUUCGAGAUGUUUUGCAGCUGUGUUCACAAUUUAUCUCUGAUCCUAAACAAACGGCAUUCAAAAUGAUAUUCAACGAAUCUAUGUCUAUGCCGAAUUUGACCUUUUGCAUUUCAAAAGAUCAAGCUUUUAGUCAUUUCAAUUUAUACAAUAUGACUGAACUUGCAAGUGAUUGGGAUCUCAUUGUAGAGGAGAAUUUACUGAAUAUGACAAGUCGCGAAAGUUUUCUGAACUCGGCGUGGGAUUUUCGAGUCAUCAUAGAAGCUUAUGAAGUAAUCGCCGCAAUUAGUUCCAUAGAACGUGAAACAAGCUUAAAUGGGUCUGCGCAUUCUAUCACUUACUUUCGAAUUCAUCCAGCUUUUCAAGAAAAACGGAGACUUGUUCAGAUUUAUUUGAAUGCAAUUAAAGAACGCAAUGUCACAUUCAGCGAAUUAACGCAAAAAACCGGCACUGAAAUAUUAAAAAGAUUAAUGAAACAAUUUGCUCGUCUUGUAUUUAGUGAUGAAGAAAUGAUUUCUACAGACAUUCGCAUAUCGUGGAUCUCCCAAAUGCAAAUGUGCUUUCAACCAUUAUUUUCAAUCGAUAAUUUUAAGCCCAUUGAGGACCAGGGGCCAUUCUUCGUGUUGUUAAUGUCCCAUAACACUGCAAAGCUGAAUGGAAUUAAGGUGGACUGCAUGUCUGUUGAUUUUCAUGGUCGGCCAAGUUCUAUUGCCCGCUUUAUGCAAGGCAAAAACCAAGUGAUGGAUGGGUUCAUUGACGAUCUUUGCCUUGGAUUAAGACAUGAAGUAUUUAUAAGCGUUCGAAUAUACUAUGAAAUGAUUGAGAAUGAUAAUGAAGGAACGGCAUGUCGUGACAUCGAUGACAGUCAAGAAAACGAAUUUGAAUGUCACAGUCGUUGUCGACUUCAAAUGAUUCGCGAAAUGUGCAACUGUACGGCGCACUCCUUAUCUUAUCUAGUGAACGAUGAUAUGGAAUAUAAUCAAAACCCAUUAUGCAAUUACACCAAAUGCAUCAUUGACCAGAGGCAGAAAUAUGAUGAGAAAGAAUGCACGAAAAGUUGUUUCCGCAAUUGCAAACAAAUACGAUUUCAAAUCGAUCGUGAAACGAAUGGUCCAAUGUUGCAAAAAGAUUUAACAAUGAUACGACUGAAUUGGCGUUCCUUUGAAUACUUAUCACUUGAACAAGACAGAGUGUAUAGCAUAACAAGCUUCAUCGCUGAAUUGGGUGGUUCCAUUGGUGUUUGGCUCGGACUUUCUGUGCUGAGCUUAUUCCAGGUUGUUUCUCUUUAA